AUGAGUGCAUCCAUCUCGAACGCGCUGAACCCGCCGAUUGCCGCCGCCCAGACCGCCGCCGCUGCGAACUCGCCCUCCCCGGGACCGUCGUCCGCCAACGUGGCCGCUGGAUCGGCUCAACAACCCACUGCCCGCAGCUCGUACGCUAACGCAACCAAGAAGACGUCUUCUUCGCCGCCGAUUGCGAGCAGUGGUGCGCCGCCCGUCGUGGCAGUGGGAGGACCGCACACACAGCAUGGCAAGAGCUCAAUUUCGCCCGUGAAUGGCAGCAACCCCAUCAAACCCGCCGUCCCCGCCAUGGCUCCGACCAUCGUGAACAGCAGCGGUGUCAACGGCGCCCCUUCACAGGGCGACCACAGCCGCAAGUCGUCGGUCACUAUUAGCGCAGCCGGCGCAAGCGGGUACAUGCCCAACGGCACCCCGGUGACCUCCCGAGCGCCCAGCGGCCUAACAUUCGGCAGUAUGGCUGGCUCGCCCGCGCCUUCACACCCAGCGCCAAACAUGCAAGGAGGACUCAAUCCGCAGAUGAACCCACGGAUCGCCAGCCCUGCGCAUUCACCAUCGCCAAUUCCUGCCCCCGUGUCUGGUGGCAAGCCUGAGACUCUCCCAACACGUCCUGGCCUCGGCGGGAUCCAGUUCGGUGGCGGCAGUGACAGCGGCGAGCCCAACAGCCGCCCCAUCUCCCUGCCACCACAACCAAACGUACCUCCCGUUCACAUGCGCCGUGAGAGCUCCCAGUCCGCGCACUCUCAGUCCGACAUGAGCAACCGAGGAUUUCCCAACGGCGGUCGGGGUCGUGGCGGCUUCAAUCCUGGCUAUAAUCCACAAAUGGGUCAUCCCUCACCGCAGCCCUACCGCCCGAUCCCAAACCAAGCGCCGCGAGGACCCGGUAUGCCUCCUGCAUUCCAGCCUCAGAUGGGGAUGAAUUCUCCGUACAGGGCAAAUAGGUCUCCCGCACUCACCCCAGCUCAGCUGCAUCAGCAGGCGCACCAGGGGAUGCCUUUCUAUCCCCCACAAUAUUCUCAGCAAGUUCGUAUACCUUCCAGUAUCUCUGUUCCUCCUUCAGCGCUCGACUCCAUCAGCAAGCCGUAUCAGCCUGUGGAUGGUGCUCGGAAUCAGCUGUCUCAGUCUCCUCUUCUCUCGGCGUCCUCGAUGCAGCCCCAGUUUCGGUUGCCUCGCGGCUCGCCGAUCGCUCUCUUUGAAUCUUUCGACCCUUUCAGCGCGAGUUAUGGCAACGAGCAGUAUCUAACGGAAUUGCAACAUCAGAACAUGUAUGGCAUGCCUCAGCCCGGUCUCGACCCCUAUAACGGGUACUAUGGCCAGAGUUAUGGUGGCCUCCAGCAGAGCAUCCAUGCGUACCCAGGCGUGCCAGCCAGCCCUGGCCGAGGACAUGCCUUCCCGCAGCAGCCAUAUCAGGUGCCUUAUGGGCAGCCACCGCAAGCCCAAGGCAUGACUCGCACUCCGUCGAACAUGUCCGAGCGGCCGCCAUCCGCCGUUCCGCAACCGCAGACUCCGGCGAUGACCAACGUUAACGCUCACGUAUCACACACGCACACGCCCAGCGCGACUUCUGGUUCGCCGGCGCCGAAUGCCUCGACUUUCGCUAUCCCUCCCAAGAAGUCUAGCAAGGCGAUCGUGAUUAAGACUGCCGAUGGAGAGAUCAUUGACUUCAACAAGAAGGCUUCCUCGCCCGCUCCUCCUGCUGUAGUCACUCAGCCGCCGAAGUCCCCUGUGGUCGUCGCUUCUCCAACCCCUCCCCCGAGGUCCGAAUCGACGCAUAGCAGAACCGAGAGCAUCGCUGCUAAGACGGACAGAGAGAAACAGGCCGACUUUGUUGCGCAAUUCAAAAAGAAUCUCGAGGCGGAGAAACAAAAAGAGGAAGCGGAGAAGAAGGCUGCGGCCGAAGCAGAGGCCCAGGCUAAGGCUGAAGCUGAAGCGAAGGCUCAGAAGGAGAAGGAAGAAGCAGACGCGAAGGCGGCUAAGGAGAAAGAAGAGGCUGAGAAGGCUGCCAAAGAGAAGGAAGCUGCUGAGGCUGCGGCAAAGGCUGAGGCUGAGGCAGCAGAAAAGAAGCGGCUCGAAGAGGAAGAGAUGGAGCGCAUGAUUGCCGAGAUGGAGGCCGCCGAGAAGGAAGAGGAAGAGCGAAUGAAAGUCUACGAGGAGAAGAAGAAGCGUGAGGCCGAGGAGAGGAAGGCGCACGAAGCCGAGCGCAUCGCACAGGAGGAAGAGAAGCUUCGUCAACAGGAGCGCGAGGCCGAAGCUGCAGAAGAAGCUCGUGCACGAGAGACACCAGAGCAGAAGGCCGAGCGCGAGUCUCUGUUUGCCUCGUUGAAGAAGAACACCCAGUUCGGUCCUGCCGCCAUGAUGCACCAAGAAACCGGUGGCGCUUCUACUCCUCCGGUUGAGCCAGCUGUUACUCCACCCGCUCAGCCCAAGACUGCUAAGAAGCCCGCCCCGGCGGCGCUCAAGAUACCCGGAGCCGGAACUCCCAUAGAGCCCGCUCAGCCCACAGCAGCGAUGCAGAGUUUGAAGAGCGCCCGAUUUCUUGAGGUGAAGAAAGAAAUGGCGAUCUACCCUAACGGCAUCCAGUCUCCAAACCCCGCGCUCAACCUCAGCAGCAAGGGCAAAGGUCGACAAUACGACAAGGACUUCCUACUGCAGUUCCAGGAUGUCUUCAAGGAGAAGCCGUCCGUUGACUGGGAUAUGAAGUUGAAGGAGACCGUCGGUGAUUCGACGGAUUCUGCCCGGCCGCAAUCCGCUCGUGCCCCGUCAAUGAUGGGCCCCCGUCAGAGUUCUCGCCCGGGAAUGGGAUCUGUAGGUCCGAUGGGUUCAUUCCAAGGCAUCCCUAGCAGGACUCUACCUCCAGGUACGACAUCCGAGCAGCGUUUCAGAGAAGCAUCAUCACACCGAGGACCGAUGACUAAUCCUCUAGCGCAAUUCGUUGCGCCUCCCCGGUCAGGUGCCUUCCCCAUCCAAAUGCAGCGCAACCCGUCGUUCCAGAACAUGUCUCACGCCGGUCCUGGUUCUCCUCGUGUGGGCAGCUCCGGGGGUAAAGGCAAUAGCAGAAGGGGUCCGAAGGGUCCUAACAGGAAGGAAGAGGCAGCUAUGCCAUUGACUGCUGGACAGGAGGUCAAGGGUCUUGAGCGAUCGACUUCUGGCUGGCAACCUCCUAGCCGAAGCCACGCCGCGCCUGUACAACUUGCAGGCCACAUGGCUCCAGAUAUGGUACAGCGUAAGGUGAAGGCCGCAUUGAACAAGAUGACACCCGAGAAGUUCGACAAGAUUUCCGACCAGAUUCUCGAGAUUGCUGCCCAGUCCAAGGAUGAAUCGGAUGGUCGCACGCUCCGACAGGUCAUUCAACUCACUUUCGAGAAGGCUUGCGACGAGCAGCACUGGUCCUCAAUGUACGCCAAGUUCUGCCAUCGUAUGUUGGCGACAAUGAGCCCGGACAUCAAGGAUGAGAACGUCCGCGACAAGCAUGGCAAUCCAGUCGUUGGCGGUGCUCUCUUCCGGAAGUAUCUCUUGAAUCGAUGCCAAGAAGAGUUUGAGAAAGGCUGGGAGGUCAACCUACCCGACAAGCCCGAGGGUCAGGAAGGGAAAGAAGCAGCCCUGCUCUCCGACGAGUACUACAUCGCUGCAGCCGCAAAGCGCCGUGGUCUCGGCUUGAUCCAGUUUAUCGGCGAGCUGUACAAGCUCGGCAUGCUUACUCUUAGGAUCAUGCACGAGUGCGUGCUGAAGCUUCUCGAUUUCGAGGGCCUGCCUGACGAAUCUGCCAUUGAAUCACUCGCCAAGCUGCUUAGAACCGUGGGUGCGACCAUGCACGAUACAGACACUGGUCCUAAGAUGCUCAAUGUCUAUUUCGAGCGGAUCGAGAAGAUUAUGAACAUGGACGGUCUGCCUUCGCGUCUUAAGUUCAUGCUCUUGGAUCUUUGUGACUUGAGGAGGGCUGGCUGGAAGAGCAAAGAGGACAACAAGGGCCCCAAGACCUUGGCAGAGAUCCACCAGGAGGCUGUUGCUGCUCAGCAGGCCGCUGAGAUGGAGCGGACGCGGUCCCAACGCGGGCCUCGUAUGCCGAUGGGUCGCGGCGAUGCUCGCUCGUUCUCUGGAGGUGGCUUCAUGCCUCCGCAAGACUAUCCCACAGGCCGUGUGCAAAUGGACGACCUUCGCAAGCUGUCCAAGGGCGCCUCUGGGCGUGCGGCAAACAACCCAGGUCUCGGACCAAGCAUGCUUGGGAGCCGUAGCGGCAGCGGUCGUCGAGGCCUUGGCCCCGGUAGCAAUCUGAUGGGCCGAGGUGAUGACUCUGGUGCCUCCUCUCGGACAGGUACUCCACCCGUCCAGAAGGAUAAGGAAUCCACGUCCCACGCGAAUUCUUUCAGUGCGCUCAUGAACCUCGACAAUGAAGGUGCUGGUGAGGUCGGCUCACCCCCUUCAACAGCCUCUUCCCCUCCACAGUCGAAAUCGAUCCCCGCUCGAUCGAAGUCGCCGGCCACCGAGGGUAAAGCCACCAAGGCUUCCGAGUGA